CUUCGUUGUCCUGCAUUUUUUCUUGAGCGAUGUAGAACUUCCUACAUGAGACAUGCGAGGGAAGCUAGUUUAAUUAAAAAUUGGUUGUUUAUGUGGUCAAUUUCUCAGUUCACGAUUGCUCUUUGCGUAAAGUGUAUGUUCGUUCACUCGAGAACCUUUCAAACAUACUCAUUCUAUCAGUGUUCGUAGUAGUUUUCGCUUAUGGACUUAGUUAGCUGGCGUCUAACAGUAAGGUAGCUGUUAGCCUCUGAGUUUUGGAGUAUAAACAACGGUGACUUGACGUUUUCAAAGCGACACCAUGGGGGACCUUGAGCAGUGGGUCAACGACCGGCUGCAUGACAUCUUAGGCCUGAGCGACCGAUACGUUGCUCAGUUCAUGAUUGGCACUGCCCGCCGGGCGACCAGCUCCCAGGACUUUGUGAGUCGGCUCCAGCAAACGGGCACCAUCGACAUCGACCAGAGCGUCACUGCCUUUGCUCAUGAGCUUUUUGACAAGAUUCCUCGUAAGCAGGUCGUGGAAAAAGCCUCCCGGGUGUUGGAGCGGCAGGCCAUUGAGAUGGACAGGAAGAAUCGCACGUACACUUUGGUGGAGGAUAGCGACAGUGCCGAGGACACUGUUGUGGAGAAGCAACGCGGAAAUAAGAAGAAGAGCAAAGAGAAAGACAGAGUUGGGAGCAGAAAGAAGAACAUCCGGCGGAAGAAGGAGAGCGAGUCAUCUAGUGAAGAAGAAGUGCCUGUUCGGCAAUCCACAAAGGCUAAAUCAAGCCAGGAUGACAACUCAACCACCAAGAAAGAGGAUGAGGAAGAAGAGGAGUGGGAAAAGGAGGAGCGGGAGCGACUCCAUGACAUCGAGGAGCGUGAUGCUUUUGCAGAGCGUGUUAAAUUGAGAGACAAAGAUAAGACGAGAAACAUCGCUGAGAGGACGGACAAAAAGGCUUACGAGGAAGCUCAGAAGAGACUGAAGUUGGCAGAAGAUGAUCAGAGAAACAUGUUGCCCGAACUGAGGAAGCAGUCCCGUCGCGACUACCUGAAAAAGCGCGAGGAGGAAAAGCUGGAGGACCUGGAGGCGGAAAUCAUCGACGAGGAGUACCUGUUCGCCUCCGACGACAUGACGGACCGUGAGAAGAAGGAGCUGGAGUACAAGCGCACGCUGCGAGACCUUGCCAAGGACUACAAAAAGGCUGGAGCCAAGGAGCUGGACGAAAGGAAGAACAGAUACUACAUGCCGGAGGAGAUCAGGAGAAAGGAGGUGCCCCAGAAAGAUUUGGAGCUGGUGGAGGAGGUGCCCAUGGAACUCGGCGGUGAGCAGGGCCGCUGGGAGGAGGAGCGGCUCAAGACGGCCUCGCUCAGCUUCGGCGCAAAGAAGGAGCGCGAGCAGGGCAUGAAGCGCCAACAGGAGCAGUACCAGCUCAUCCUGGAGGAGGACGAGAUGAUCGAAUUUGUCAGCACCGCCAUCACCAUGAAAGGGACUCUGACUGAGAAGGAAGAGACUCCGGCCUUGUCCCAGUCAGAGCUGAAGAAGCAGUCCAUGCAGGAGGUCCGCCGCAGCCUCCCCAUCUUCCCCUACCGAGAAGAUCUGCUGGCCGCCAUCCACGAGCACCAAGUCCUAGUCAUCGAGGGCGAGACGGGCUCGGGAAAGACCACCCAGAUCCCGCAGUACCUCCUGGAGGAUGGUUUCACUAAAGGCGGGAUGAAGAUUGGAUGCACGCAGCCCCGCAGAGUAGCUGCCAUGUCAGUGGCUGCCCGGGUGUCGCAGGAAAUGAAUGUCAAGCUCGGUAACGAGGUGGGCUACAGUAUCCGCUUUGAGGACUGCACAUCGGAGAGGACAGUGAUCAAGUACAUGACAGAUGGCAUGCUGCUGCGAGAGUUUCUCACCGAGCCAGACCUCGCCAGUUAUAGUGUGAUCAUUAUCGACGAGGCUCACGAGCGAACUCUUCACACGGACAUCUUAUUUGGCCUGAUCAAAGACAUCGCCAGGUUCCGACCCGACCUGAAGGUGCUGGUGGCCAGUGCCACCCUGGACACGGAGCGCUUCUCCACCUUCUUUGACGACGCGCCCGUUUUCAGGAUCCCUGGCAGGAGAUUCCCUGUGGACAUCUUCUACACUAAAGCUCCGGAGGCCGACUACAUGGAAGCGUGUGUGGUGUCAGUGCUGCAGAUCCAUGUCACACAACCUCCUGGAGAUAUUCUAGUUUUCCUCACCGGACAGGAGGAUAUCGAGACGUGUUGCGAGCAACUCCAGGACAGAUGUCGGCGACUCGGCUCCAAGAUCGCCGAGCUGCUCGUUCUUCCCAUCUAUGCCAAUCUCCCCUCUGACAUGCAGGCCAAGAUCUUCAGCCCCACGCCACCUGGCGCACGAAAGGUGGUGGUGGCGACCAACAUUGCGGAAACUUCACUGACAAUUGACGGCAUCAUCUAUGUCAUCGAUCCAGGCUUCUGCAAGCAGAAGAAUUAUAUCGCCCGUACCGGCAUGGAAUCGCUCAUUGUCAUGCCCUGCUCUCGGGCGUCGGCAAACCAGAGAGCAGGUCGUGCCGGCAGAGUGGCCGCCGGCAAAUGCUUCCGGCUCUACACGGCGUGGGCCUACAAACACGAGAUGGAAGAGAUGACCGUGCCCGAGAUUCAGAGGACCAACCUGGGAAAUGUGGUGUUGCUGCUCAAGAGCUUAGGUAUCAAUGACCUCCUCCACUUUGACUUUAUGGACCCUCCGCCGCACGAGACGCUUCUGAUGGCUCUGGAGCAGCUUUACGCCCUCGGCGCACUCAACCACCUAGGAGAGCUCACCACGCUGGGCCGCAGGAUGGCCGAGCUGCCCGUGGACCCCAUGCUGAGCAAGAUGAUCCUCGCCUCUGAGCAGUACAAGUGUUCUGAGGAGGUACUUUCAAUUGCUGCCAUGCUGUCAGUUAACAACUCGAUCUUCUACCGGCCCAAGGACAAGGCGGUGCAUGCUGACAAUGCCAGAAUGAAUUUUGUGGUGCCCGGCGGAGAUCACCUGGUGCUGCUGAAUGUCUACACACAGUGGGUGGAGAGCGGCUACUCAACACAGUGGUGCUACGAGAACUUUAUCCAGUUCCGCUCCAUGAGACGAGCGCGGGACGUACGUGACCAAUUGGAGGGCCUCAUGGAGCGCAUAGAGGUGGAGAUGGUCAGCUCGCAGGGUGAAACCAUGCCCAUUCGCAAGGCGGUGACGGCAGGCUACUUCUACCACACUGCGCGGCUGAGCAAAGGAGGAUACAGGACGGUGAAGCAUCAGCAGACGGUCUACAUCCACCCCAGCAGUUCACUGUUUGAAGAGCAGCCUCGAUGGCUCAUCUACCACGAGUUGGUCAUGACCACCAAGGAGUUCAUGAGACAGGUGGUGGAGAUAGAGAGCGGCUGGCUUCUUGAAGUGGCUCCUCACUACUACAAGAGCAAGGAAGUGGAGGACAGCAGUAGCAAGAAGAUGCCUCGCAAGCAGGGCAAAGCCAAGGAGGAGCUAGGCUGAAAGCCCAGGACACAAGUACACUGGCAGACAUGAAAAAUACACACUUAAGAUGAAAAGUGGACACACCUGUGCAGCAUGAACGCAAUUCCUGUGAUGAAGAGCGAUUCCACAAAAAAAAAAGUGGGUAAAAAGCUCCCCACUGGUUUAAUCAUCAACCCGAUUGUCUGCGGGCCGAUAACGUAUGACUCACCUGUCUCAUGAGUGACGCUCGGUCACACAUACGUGAAUUGUUAAAAUUAUGUGAUUGCCGAGAAGCAAUAAAUUUUUACUGCUUUUUGUA